AUGGCGACGUCAACAAGUGUGUUUCAAAUCACACCAUUCGAGAACUGUGAUGAAUGCAUAAGCAAGGUCAGAAGGGCAGUUCGUCAAAUUGGUGGUCUCAAAUUGAUUGGAAUGGACCCCGAGAAAGGUAUACUCAUCAUCUCAUCAAAGCGCCAUGAACCUGAAGCAAUCAGGGCUGAACUUGAGCAAAAAUUUCAAAAUGAAUCAAUUAUUUGGUUAUCAAAUAAUCAUUCGUCUGGAGUGAAUGUGAAUCGUGACGCUGGGAGUAGUACUGUUGAUUUUAGAGAUAUGACGGGAAUGUUGAUGAAGUUACCUGAAGCUGGAAGAGUACGAAGAGUGGAGUGCAGACAAGAUGUUUUGAGGGUCGACUACUAUGAGAAUCCAUCGAUGAUCUCCAACGUUGCAGCAGCAGUAGACGUUUCGGGUUUUGUACCACUGACAUUGCCACCAACGUCUACCAACCCAUCGGCUCCACCAAUUUCUACGCCGUAUAAUGGGUAUCCUGUCAAUGGGUGGCCCUAUGCUGAUCACUAUACCACUCCUCAGAAAGAUGAUUAUCCAGAUUGCGCUUGCACAAUCAUGUGA